GCUUCAGCCCCGAGGCCUCAGGUCCCGUUCCGUCGUCAUUCCUCCAAGGAAGAGCCUCUCUAGGCGACACACUUGCUUCAGAGGGGUGGCCCAGGGUCGUCGUCGUCGAUGGCAGGACGAUGGGGGGACCGAUGCACUUGCAAAUGAACACCUUGCUCUUGCGUUCAAAUCGGCAGCGGGCACGCAUCGGUGCUGUUGACAAGCGCCCUGUCAGGGCGCAAUCUAGAUCUGUCACAUUGUUUGUGUUCGUUCUUUCUUUUUCUUUAUCCCAGAAGUCCGGGUCCUUAUCAAAUGCAUGGUCCGAAUUGGGGGGGCGGGGCUGGCCAGUGGCUGCUGUAUGUAUGGUGCCGCCGGAGCUUUUGCUACACGACAGUUGCGAGUCCUGUGAUCUGCCGAGUCCAUCGAUCCGACCGUGUUUGGGGGGUCUUGCAGGCUGGUUCGAUCCGACGAUGGCCUCAGUUCCAAUCCGAUCGAUAUCCCCAUGUGUGGUGCUGGAUCACUCAUCACGAACGAGAAUGAAUGCUUGUUCCACGCACGUCUUCGAUCAUAGUCCGCAUGCCUCACCACCCUCCAUGGAUCCACCUCGAUUAAUAUCGAGCUGCGCCGAGGCCAAGCUUGUAUGAUCGGUCAAUCGGGCCCCAUUGCUUUGCAGCCAGCCCUUG